AAAAACAUUUUUCGCUGGAAUUUUGUGUUGAUUAUUUUUUUUUCUCUCAGGAAAAAAAAAAAUAAUUUAUCAUAAAAUUAAAAAUUAUGCAAAUUAUCAAAACAAAAAUGUGAAUGUCUUAAUGUGUAGACAAAAAAUUGUAUUUGCAAUUGCAAUAGCGGGGUGCUAGAAAAACAAAUUAAAAAUAGGCAAGAAGAAAAAAAAAUCAACAAUGGCUUACAUAAAUGUCGCAGAAUGGACGCCCGAUCAAGUGACAGAUUGGCUUAAAGGACUUGAUGAUUCUAUGUACAAUUAUGUCUACUCAUUUACGAAUAAUGAAGUUGGUGGCCAACAGUUGCUCAAUAUUAGACCAUAUGAAUUAGAGCAAUUGGGUAUGGUAUCAAUUGGUCAUCAAGAGAUUGUACUGGAAGCUGUGGAGAAUCUAAGGAACUUUCACUAUAAUUUAGAUAAGGAAAAUCUGCAAUUUUUAGCGCUGCAUAUGGCAACAGCAGCACGAAAUCUUUACCGGCAAUUGGCAACACACUGUGAUAACUCAAAAAUAGAAACUCAAAUUCUAAACGAUAUUACAAGGACAAUAGCAACAAUCAAACCAAUUAUCAGUUGGCUAGAUCGAGCACCCUUCCAUGGGCAGUUGCAAUUCAAUGAGAUUCGCAAAAAUAUGCUGCGACUGGGCCUUGAAAUGGCAACGAGCGCCCAACGCGAUCGUUUCGUAGAGAAUCCUGCCGAACAGAUUAAAACAACUGCCGAAACGUUGGCUAAAUUAGGUGAUUACAUUAUUCAAGACAUCACAGAUCCAAUGCUUCUACAGCCUGCUUCACUGAGUUUAGUGACACUAAAAAAACGUGAAUCCGAAUUGGGUUUCAAUAUUGAACCAAGCUAUCAUGGAAUUCAUAAAGUCAUUGAGAUCAAAUACAAUUCACCAGCACAUAAUUCUGGCAAGAUAGAAGAUGGAGACGAGAUAGUUCAGAUAAACUAUCAAACUGUUGUCGGUUGGCAAUAUAAGACCGUAAUUAUGCAAUUGAGAGAAUCCUUGCCUGAUGUGUUGCUGACGUUGAAAAAACGUCCCAAACACACCAAGAUUUAUGGGCAAAUUUAUAUGCAACCGUAUCGGCUGCCAAGUAAAAAGCGUGCAAUGGGCACUCGUUGGGGUGAGAAUUUACCUAGCCCUAGAGCUGGCUUCCUGGCAGUGCCUGAAUUCAAUUUGCCCUUGAAAAUAAGCGAAAAGACUGAUCCUUCAGAUACAGAUUCCAGCUGCAGUGAUAUUUUAACUCCAACCGAUUCGAAAUCUGUGGAGAAAGAAAUUCGCCUGUAUUAUCCCAAACCUCGAGCCGUACUUCAGCGUAGAAAUACAAUCUGUGGCGAUGAGUUGUAUUCGUUGAAGAAUGUUAGUGGUGCCCCGUUGUGGCACGAACGAAAAAAUGGAGCUCAGAAUGGCGAUCCAUCGUCACCAAGUUUAAGGGACAAAUCAGUGUCCUUUGGUUUCGGACUUGAAAUCGCACCUCGCCCAACAACAUGUCUUGGAAUCGCAAAUGGCAAACUUAUUAGUAGCUUUUCACAGGAACUCAAACUUGGUGUUGGUGGGAGUGAUUCCAAAAAAUCAGCAAACGAAGAGAAAUCCAAACCGGGUGUAAGUAAAGUCGUUCGUUUCGAUGCCAACAUGAAAUACGAAGACUACCCCGUGGACCAAAAAUACACGUGCAAUGUUGAGAACACCAUCCUCGAGACUUUCGAACCAAUUCCAUUUGUGGAUGAGGAAGAUUCUUCCCCAACAUUGAGUGUAGUUGAGGUGCCUCCAUCUGAUGUCAGCCCAAGUGAGAGUAAAGAAGAACUUACACCCACACCGACUCCGACUUUGCCACCAUUGGUUAUGAAAGAACCCCUUAUACAGGCAAUAAAUCAUGUGACAAUCGCUCGUCGAGGAAGACUGGACAAGAGUCACAGCACUCCGGCUUAUGAUAAUUCAGGUGAGGAGUCCGACACUCCACCGGCAAUAGAGCCAAGGAAAGAAUUCAUUCUAACCACACCACCGGCUCCUCCCCCAAGACCCAAAAAGCCUAAUGAAGCUGCGCCUGUAGUAGUCCCCCCUCCACCACCAAAACCAGCAAGUCUGAUGCCACCAGAAAAAGUGAAUAUUCCCCCGAAAAUGGUUGAAUCCGUUGUGGUAAUUCCUCCUUCACCGAUUGCCGAAGAAUCGGAAUUACACACACCCACCAAAACCAAGACUCUGACGCUUAAAAAGAAGAAUAGUCUGAUUGCCAAACGCCGAAAAAUAAGUCUCAAAAUUCUCGGCACUGGUGACAUACAGGGACAUUUGUAUCGCCGGACGAAAGACAAACGAGGUGUAACAUUCUGGGCUAAGCUGUAUUUCGUUCUCAUGGACACGAAUUUGUAUGGGUUUCGGACCAAAGAAUCAGCAAAGGCAAAUUGUUUUGUUUAUUUGCCAGGAUUCACUGUUUCUUUGGCUAAGGAAGUUCAUUCGAAACCGUACGCCUUCAAAGUUUACCACCCCUCGAAGACGUUUUAUUUUGCUGCUGAAUCCCUGGAAGCCCUCAAUCAAUGGAUGGACUUUAUACGCCAGGCCACUUUACAACAACAAAAAGUCGGUAUGCAAUCAACCGAUGCAGAUGUUCCAUCUAAAGAACUAUUCUCCGAGACUGAAAGCUCCGGCGAUGAGAGUGACUCCCUAAGUAAAAGCCUAUGCACACCAUCGCCCAGUCAUUCAAGCAAAGAUUUUUUAGGCGGUUCAAAAAACUUCCAACACCAGACACCAACAACAAGCGUUAAGCAUGAUAAAAAAUACCUCGGCUCUCUGAGGAAAUUCACAAAAAGCUCGCUACCAUUCAAAAGUAGCAGCAAUAGUGGCGAUAAAAAGCCAUCGAGUGAUAUUCCUGUGCCAACAGAGCAGUACAGAAGCUACCGAAAGGUGCCUGGUGGAAGUUUCGGAAUUCAAAUCGGAGCCAAUACUCCCGGCUAUACAGAUCCAAAUAAUCUACAUCCAUUUCAGAAUAACUCAUCGCCAGAACAUAUAACGUCGCAGUUGCCACCAACUUUACCCUCGAAAGUGACACUAUCGGCUAGCCGAAGUUCAGUUAGCGAGAGUAGUGUACGACCAUCAAUAGCCGCAGAAAAUCGUCAUAUCGAUCAAGAAAGCCCACCAAGUUUGAUAACAAAAAGUUACUCCAUUGAGGGUGGCAGUAAAAUGGUGAAGAAAACAUUUCCCUACAAUUAUAUCCACGCAUCCAACCCGAAUUUAGUGGAAUUUGAUUUUCAAACGUCGAAAACUUUGGACUACUCUCUGCCAAAAAUAAAUCCGGGCAAUUCCUGGGAUGCUCCACAUAAUUUACAGGUUUUUUUAACCCUCAAAGAUUUGAUGUUGCAGAAACAAAAAGAGGAAGCUCAAGAAAUGUACAACAAUCGAGUGCUUCUGGGAGUUGAGAAACAGGAUGAUCGGAGUGGAAAAAUUGCUCAACUCAAAGGAAAGCCAGGUGCUGACAAUCAACAACCUGGAGAAACAGGAAAGCUUUCGAAAAUCCAAAGUCGUAGUUUACCCAAGACUCCAGACUAUGAGAUGAGUUUUAAACCAGACGAUGAAGAUAUUAAACGAACUCGCACAAAAGAAGGUCUCAAAUUGCGUGAUUUUGGUUAUGAACUGAUUUCUGGCGAUGAACCAAUCUGUGACAAUCGGGCAAGUAGAACUCCUUCAGAUCUAAUGCGUUUGCAAGAACUUCGAUUGCAAAAACUCCAACAAAUGCAAAAUGCUGCAGUUAAAGCGAAAAAGCAUUCCAGUACAAGCGAGAGUGAUAAAUCAACCAGCCAUCGAGGUGGAAGUUUUAAAAAGACAAAAGGCAAAUUGGAAGCCUUCAAGACAUCAAGUGAACGGUUAUUUCAGUUCAAGCAUUCGAGUAAUGAAUCGAAAGGUCUAACAACAUCAAUGACGUUGCCGUUGAAUAAAAAAUCUUCACAUAUUUACAAUAGUCAGGGUAAAGAUGAUCAGGGAUCAUCGCCAAGUAGUGGCAUUAGGAAAAGUCACACCUAUAAUAAUGAGUUUAAGGACAAAAAGUAUGAGGCACCACGAAAGAAUUCUGCACCUAUGCCGAUUUUAUCAAAAUUGAGUUUUACAUCGAGUAAAACGGCAAAGGAGAGGAAGUUGCUUGGCUCUCCGAGAUUGCAUCGGGCAAUAUUUGGUGGAAGAAAUGCAAUGGGCAGUAGUAAUUCAUCGCAGGAUUAUGAACAUGAGAUUUUCUCACCUGUGGAGUUUAGUAAUAAGCCGUAUCCAGGGCCGUCAACUGCGGUUGAUCAUGCAAUAGCACAACCCCUGCCACCGCUUAUUCUACCGGACAAACCUACAGCAUCUACUUCAGCAGUUUUAGUUUCUCCCGAGUAUCCAAAUAUGGAAUGUCCGCCGGUUUUCGAACCAGAGACGUAUUCCUUAAGUGAUCCCAAUGCAAGUUUAACCCUCCUGCGGAGACGAAACAAUGCAGAGGAACCUUAAACAUUUCAAAAUUGUUUCUUGUAUCUUAAAUAUUUUGGUAUUAAAACCUCUAACCUACGAAAUAAAACAAGUAGCAAGGCAGAAAGACUCGAUUUUCAACCCUUUACCAAGUCGAAAAAAAGAAAAACCCUCCAUAGAAGUGUAGAGUCGUGUAGAGAUGUGUCUACCGUGAGGUGCCUUACUUAACUGUAAACUAACAACACCAUUCUUCUAUCGAAUUUGUGCGCCCCUUUUAAUUUUUGAACAUGGCCAAGAACCCUAAUAACAUUCAAGGAAAACAGAAAAAAAAAAAACAAAUACAAUUUAUGAACAAUCGAAUUUUUAUCCUUAGACAAAAAACAACAGAAAAACAGAAGAAGGAAAAGGAGAAGAAGAAGAAAAAGAGCAACCAACUGAAAAAAUACGAACAAAUAGAAGCAUAUAUAUCUAAAUUUUUUAAUUCCUUAGUUUUUAAGUAAAAAAACAAAAAUAAAAAAAGUAAAAAACAAAAAAAGAUGAAAUGAGGAAAACGAAAAUUGGAAAAUUUCGAAAAACUACUGUGAUCAUUAGAGUUGUUCAUUGAAAAAUUAACUUUAUAAACCUAUUUUUGUGUGUGUUUAUUUUUUUUUACAUAAUAUUUUAUUGUAUAUUUUUUGUCGUCGUUGGUGUCGUCUUUUUUUUAAAUGAUUUUUUUUAUCAAAUCAAAUGUAUUCUAUUGGUUUUUUUUUCCUCUUUUUUGGAGUAAUUUUUCUCGAGAGUGCUUUUUAUACGAAUUAGAAAAAAAAAAUAUUGUUUACUUGCACGCAUACAUACAUAUAAUAUUAAUUUUUUUCUUCUUAGUGCCUUUUGUUUUCCUUAAAAGAAAAUUUAAGAAUAAAAAAUAAAAGAAAGACAAAAGUAGUAGUAGUGUGAAAGUGUGUGUGUUUACACACACACACUCACACAUACAGUUACGCGUAGAAAAAAUAAUUUUUUUUUUCUUAUGCAACACAUAUUAUUAUUAAUUAUCACUUUAUAUAAGUAGUGAUUUUUUGUUUAGUCUUAUAAUGCUGAUAUUAUAAUUAUUAUUAUAUAUUUAAAUAUAAACUUAAACAAUCAAAAAAAUACAAAAAAAUUAUAAAAUAAUACAAAUAAAAUAUAAACAAUAAAUUAAAUAAAAAAAAUAUUAUUGUUAAAAAACAAACAAAAAAAUGUAAU